UACUGACAACACCGAAACAACACUUGAAACUGCUUCAAGGCAAAGUGAUUUGAUCUUACCAAAAGCACUGGGCAAGACUCAUAGAUUGAUUAAAGUUCAAUCGAAAAAAGUAUCGAGCAUUUUAAAAUAGGAUGUAAUGACCAUAAUGAAGGGGCAGAUUUUGGCGUUAUAUUUGAUUAGAGAGAGACUAGAAAAUUUGUUCUUAAACUUCUUGAAGAUAGUUGAUUAAUAAUUAAAACGAGCAGCUGUCAUGCCUUCUAGAGGCUAAAAUCUAACAAAGUCUCCUGAUUGUGUAAUUAGAUGAAUUGGCUUGUAUUAUAGAAGGAAAUUGGUCAACAUCACGCCAUAAACACAGUGAAGUUACUGAAGAGAGUUUUAAGGUUAACUAUAUAGAAGGAUAAGGUUGUCUAGCAAUCACUGUAGUUUGCAAAGAGUUAACGGAGACUCUUGAUGGUAACUAGCAUGAUGCAUGUACUUCCUGCAAAGAUUGAGCCAGUAGAAGAACAAAUCAGUGAGACAAUUUUUGAGAAAACUUUCCAGCGCAUAUUCACCGCCUUGAAGAUAUUUGGUUUCAGCCCAACUGUACCAAGUGUUCUGAAAACUAGAGAUCGACGGUGUUCGGCAUGGCAAGUUCUGUCCCUCUGCUACGGCGGUGUAAUACUUUUGUAUUCCAUUUUGAGUAUCAUUCGCACGUGCUAUGGCAUGGUUUUUGGGGAGUCUGGUUUUCUGUUUUACUUGCGAGUUUGCAUUGCCGUCUGGAUGACACGCUGCUUUCUGCAUUCCUUUAAUGUCAUGAAAAUCAUGACAAGCAACAAUGGUAAGAGAAGUAAGCUCUUUGCCAUUGUCAAACAGCUAGAUGAAAACAUUGGCAGAGACACAAUGAGGAAUUGCAAAAAAGAAGUUGAGCGGUAUAAACGACGUUCGAAAUUUCUGAUUAUAAUCAUCUUUGGCGUGGUCAUCAUGAGCACGACUUCGAUUGCUACAGCGUUGUUCAUUGGUGAUUCAGGAAAGAUGUUUGUAUUGACUAUGCUGUAUCCAUUUCAAGAUCAGGUAGCUUACAAGCUCUUGUAUAUCUUCAUGACUCUGCACAUGAAUGUUGCAUGGAUGGCACCAAAUUUGUUGUACGACUCGGUAUGUGACAGCCUCGUUUUAAAACUCAACUUUCUUGAAGAUAAACUGGCCUCUCUCAGUGAGAAUCUCACAGUUCGCGACCAUAUAAGUGAAAUACGCCAAAUGUAUUUAAAGACGACACGGCUGGUUGGAGAAGUUGAUGCGAUGUUUGGUCCGAUGGUUAUGUUCGUGUAUGUGUUUGACAUAGCACUCUUCUCCUUGAAUCUUUACAUUUCCUUGUAUGUAGCAAGAAGCUUCCUUGAGCAUUUUUGUGUAUGGUUUUGGAUAUUGGGGGCAUUGGUAAACCUUCUAGUUGUCUCAUUCGAUGCAUCACGUGUGGUUGAAAAGGGUAAAGAGGUCGUCGAGCAAUUACAGCGACUUUCUCCUAAAGGUGCAGACCCACAAGCAACUGCUGAGCUGUCUCUGUUACUGUUUCAUCUUUCGGGUGAACCCAUUGUGAUGACAAUAUGGAGUCUUAUUCCUCUCUACAAAUCUAUCAUCGUAUCUGUUUUUAUCAGCCUGAUAACCUACUUUACCCUUCUGUUGCAAUUCAAAUGAAGGCCAGUAGAAUGCUAGAAAAGAGGGUUCUCACUUUGAUGGUCAAAGAACACAUUGGAUGAAGCCAUUUACUGUGUCUGAAAUUUAGCUGAACUUCCUUGCUCUUUCGUGUUCUUACUUUAAGCAUUCAUUUCGAAUGAGCGUUAUUCUAAUGAUAAAGCUUUAAAUCAAAGUCCAAUAUUUAUAAAAAUUUUUAUUUCAUUUCAUAAUUAUUCUGGAAGUAAUAGUAAUAAUCGUUUCAAGAUUCACUUUCCCACUUCUUAUGUCUUCAAUGUACGGGAAGACGAAACAUAUUAACAGUCAAUUUAAUCUAUGAUGUAAAUUUAAAUUCUGUUAACUCUGGUUUUUUCUAUCUUAUCUAGUAAUUGUAAUAGAUUACAUAUUAUUAUUUCUCUUAUAAUUUACCGGUGAAUAAGGAUUAUUAUAUAAUAUAAUUACAAAAGCUAUAAGAAAUUUUGAAAAUAAUUUGAAUUAUUUUUUCUCUGAAUUGUAAAAUUCUUUCAAGAAUCAUUUGAAGGCUGGAAAAGAUUCUUAAUUUGAAUAAGAAUUGUGAUAAUCAUAAAAUUUCUUUUGGCAAUACUAUUAUACGUAUAUGAGGUUAACUCGCAUUGUAUGUUGUUUUUUUUACUCUUAGUAUUUUAUUACAAAUGCUUUUACCGCUUUGAUCAAAUUAUGGCAGUUUACAAUUUUUUAGUUGACUUGGAUAUAUACUUGAAGUACCAAGAACG